AUGUUCCCUUCUGAGUCUUCAAGUAUCGGUGAUACGGCUUCAUGCAAUGAGAAAGCACAAAAUGAGGUCACGAUAGGAGAUGAACCCCACGAAGAAGAAUAUCCCUCAUCUUUCCGUCUGCUUGCAGUCGUUGUUGCACUGGUUCUGAGCAUGUUCCUUGCCUCCUUGGAAAUGACCAUUAUUGCAAUGGCUAUCCCAAAGAUCACUGAUCAAUUUCACUCGUUGAACGAUGUCGGAUGGUACGGAUCAGCAUUUUUCCUCACCGUCUCUGGCUUCCAGGCUUCUUGGGGCAAAGCCUACAAGUACUUCGACAUGAAAAGCGUUUUCCUCAGUGGUAUAAUGAUCUUCGAGCUCGGGAGCUUGCUGUGUGGUCUGGCACAGUCAAGCACAAUGUUGAUCAUCGGCCGUGCCAUCACUGGAAUUGGAGCGGCUGGCGUGAUCACCGGCUCUUAUUGCAUCGUCGCCUUUGCAGUGCCUCCUGUUCGUCGUCCGGCUUUUACUGGAAUCAUGGGAGCGACCUAUGGUGUCGCCAGUGUCUUGGGUCCUUUGCUUGGAGGUGCCUUUACUGACUCCUCGGUCACCUGGAGGUUCUGUUUCUAUGUCAACCUGCCCAUUGGUGCUGUUUCGGUGGCCAUCAUAUUCUUCGUGUUUCGCACUCCAGCAGCAUCAAAAUCUGAUGAGGCAAGGCAGGCUACGCUAAUGGAGAAACUGAAGCACAUGGAUAUUCUCGGCAUGCUGACGAUCAUGGCUGCCAUUGUAUGUCUCCUUCUUGCUCUACAAUGGGGCGGCGUCACGAAGUCUUGGAAAUCAGCAGACGUCGUUGGUACCUUGAUCGGGUUCGGUGUGUUGAUGAUCGUCUUUGCGAUUGUGGAGUACACUCAAGGGCAACGGGCCAUGAUCGUACCAAACAUCAUGCGACAGAGAGUGGUCUGGGUCGGAUCGUUGUUCAGUCUCUUCCUUGGAUCCGCCUUCUUUGUUCUCUUGUACUAUAUCCUCAUCUACUUCCAGGCUGUCUUGGGUGUGAGCGCGGAACAGUCUGGAAUUCGAAGCCUNGCUCUCAUCGUCAGUGAAACAAUAUUGACCAUUCUCUCUGGAGCCCUCAUCUCAAGUUUCGGAUACUUUGCUCCGAUGAUGAUUGUCGGUCCUGCCUUGGCUACCAUCGCUUCGGGCAUGAUCUACACGUUUGACAUCAAUUCCAAAGCAGGGGCAUGGGUAGGGUGGCAAGUCCUGGCUGGCGCAGGUAUUGGUCUUUGUUUCCAGGCACCGAUAAUGGCUGGCCAGGCUCUUGCGGCUCCCGAAGACAUCUCCACCACGACUGGACUUCUGAUGUUCUGGCAGACUUUGGGAGGUGCGUUGUUUGUCCAAGCUGCGCAAAGUGCAUUCAGCAAUACGCUUGUCCAGGGUCUGACAAAGUACGCGCCUGACUUGGACCCUGCAGCUGUAGUCGCUGUGGGCGCUACAGAGAUCAGGAAGACGUUUGAUGCAAGUGGACUGCCUGGGGUUCUGCAUGCGUAUAUGGAUGGUCUGAAGGUUGCAUUCGCAUUGACGAUCGCUCUUUCUGGUUACGCUGUGAUUAUCGGCCUUUUUACACCUUGGACCAACAUUAAGGGAAAGAAAGUUGUGGGCGCCGUCUGA